AUGGAUAUAAACUGUGCUCUUAUGCUUGAGAUCGACCAUGUCGCGGAACACGAUGUGGUUAAAGCUAGAUUUGACUCGAGAGUCAUUAAACUUUGGCUAGUGAAGAAGCUUCUAGAACGACUCGAGUUCGCCGUCUACCAGAUUGACUCUGCAACCUCACAACAGACUAUUUCAGACCUACAUUCUAUGACAUCUCAGGACCUCAACCAGAUAUGGGAGUGGAACAACACUGUCCCUUUAGCAGCUGAGAGCUGCAUCACUGAUAUUAUUCGUGAAAGAUCGCUGGAGCAACCUGAUUCUACUGCUAUCCAUGCUUGGGAUGGUGAAAUAUCCUACCGUGAGCUCAAUCGCUUGACUAGUAUACUUGCCCGUCUCCUUAUCGAGCGCGGAGUUGGACCAGAGGUCUUUGUGCCUCUGUGUUUCGAGAAGUCGAAAUGGACGACGAUAGCUCUCCUAGGUGUGCUCAAAGCUGGUGGAGCUUUCGUUCUGCUGGACCCGCAUCUUCCAGAGCUUCGUCUUCGGGCCAUCAUCGAUCAGAUCAAGCCCAUGCUUGCUUUAUCAUCACCCUCGCAACUAGAGUUAACCAAGAGAUUAAUUCCAAAGACUAUGAAAGUAGACUCCAGCUUAUUCCCACAUAACAAGGAGAUCGACUUCCAUCCGACUAUCGACCUAUCUUCAGCGGCGUACGCAAUCUUCACUUCAGGGAGCACAGGCACUCCAAAGGGUGCCAUUAUUACCAACAGAAAUGUUGCCUCAGUAUCUCAGCAGAUUAUACCUUUAAAUUUGACAAAGGAAUCUAGGGUCUAUGACUUUGUCUCGUAUAGCUUCGGUCUCUCCCUCAUCAACAUGCUCCCUACUUUAGCCGCGGGAGGCUGCGUAUGCGUCCCCAGCGAACAAGACCGAAAGAGCCACCUUGCAUUCAGUCUGACGUCCUUAAAAGCUACUCACGUGUGGCUGACACCCUCCAUCGCCGAGACACUAUCUCCAGAGCAAGUUCCUACUCUGAAGAUGAUGGGUUUUGGCGGUGAGGCAUUGAGACUAAAAGACGUCUUGUCAUGGUGGGAGCGUAUCGAGGUUCGCAACGGUUAUGGCGCUAGCGAAUGCUCGUCUCUAAUAUCUGUCAAAUCCAAUCCUUUAGACCCAGAAGAUGCAUGCCAGGUUGGUCCUGGUGCAGGAAUAACGCCAUGGGUUGUUGACCCAGAGGACCACAACAAACUGGUUCCAGUGGGCUGUAUCGGCGAACUGCUUGUCGAAGGCCCGCAAAUUGGUCGUGGCUACCUGGAUGACCCCGAAAAGACUGCCGCUUUCUUUAUCGAGAAUCCGGAGUUUUUGACACAAGGCUCUUCCAAGAGGCCAGGUCGACGAGCAAGGCUUUACAAGACUGGCGAUCUUGUACGAUAUGAUGAGCAUGGAAGCCUCAUAUGUCUCGGACGCAAGGAUGUCCAAGUCAAGAUACGCGGGCAGAGAGUUGAGCUUGGUGAAGUCGAGUUUCAGGUGAAGGAAGUCUUCCCAGAAGCAAGUCAGCUGGCGGCAGAAGUGAUUGUGCCCCAAGGAGGCGUAGGUGAGCCAAUGCUGGCAGCCUUCCUUUUGAUGGAAAAUGUCACUAGGGAUGACCAAAACACAAUAAAGGUCGAAUCUACCCAGGCGACACUAUUAUCUGUACCGCAAGAUGUUGAGAAAGUGCUGCUUGAACGUCUACCGAGCUAUAUGGUACCUACAAUUUUCUUGGCGCUGUCUAAAUUACCCCUAACGGCGACCGGAAAGACAAAUCGGAGAGAGCUGCGAAAUAUCGGGGCCAUAUUUUCUAUCCAACGGUUAGCAGAAAUGCGGACAACUAAACAAAAAAGAAAGCCAUCGACCCCGAUGCAGGAGCAGAUGCAGGCUAUUUGGGCCAUGAUCCUCAACCUAGACCCUCAGAAGAUCGGUCUAGACGACAAUUUCUUCAAGCUCGGUGGAAAUUCUGUUUCUGCCGUAAAGGUUGUUGGAGAGGCUCGCAAGACGGGUAUACAAAUCCUGGUGCAAGACAUAUUUGAUCAUCCCGAAUUAUAUGCUUUGUCUUCCAGAGCACUCCGAGGAGAGGGACUAGAGGCAAAGACCAUUGCUCCAUUUGCUUUACUAGAUCAAAAUACGGAUAUCUCUAUUUUAAUGAAUGAUGUCUCAAGCCAAUGUCAUGUGGGCACUUCAGACAUCCAAGACAUUUAUCCGUGCUCACCACUUCAAGAGGGGCUUUUUGCACUUGCUGUUACGCGUCCGGGAGACUAUGUCAUGCAGCUUGUCGUGGACCUGUCUCAUAAGGUCGAUAUAAAUCGCUUCCGCGAAGCCUGGCUCGAGGUAGUCCGCAAUACUGCAGUUCUGAGAAGUAGGGCUAUUCAACAGGACGACCUAGGUCUUUUGCAAGUAGUGUUGAACGAGGGCAUUGAAUGGACAACGACAUCUGACCUUGAGCACUAUCUACAAACUGAUCGUAAAAGGAUCAUGCAAUUCGGCGAACCGCUUACCAGAUAUACAAUCAUACAAGAUGACACUAGCAUAUCUCGAUCUUUUGUGUGGACAGUCCAUCACGCCAUCUACGAUGGGUGGAUGAUUCCCCUGAUAGUAGACCUUGUGAACAGAGCAUAUCACGGAGAUGAACUAGAGCAAGGGCCUCAGUUCCAGACCUUUAUCCACUAUAUACAGAGUCGAGACCGAGCUGAUAUGGAACUCUACUGGAAGCAAGCUCUUGAAGGCUCUGUCUCUACGUCAUUCCCAGCACUGCCUCCUUAUAUUGACGAACCUUCCUCUAAUGGUGUUGCUGAACAGCAGAUUUCGUCGGGCACAAUUCACUCCGAGUUUACAGAAUCUACCAUUCUUCGAGCUGCCUGGGCUCUGGUAGCAGGUCGUAUGACAAACUCGGAUGAUGUAGUCUUUGGUGUUACCGUGUCUGGCAGAAGUACACCAGUACCUGGAAUUGACAGAAUGUCUGGGCCAGCCAUCGCUACGGUUCCACUACGGACAAGAUUCUCCGGCACUCAGGCAGCAUUGGACUAUCUGAAGAACGUUCAGCAACAGGCUACGGACAUGAUUCCAUACGAGCAGAUGGGAUUACAGCACAUUGCGAAGCUGAGCCCAGAAGCCCGUCAAGCAACCAAGUUCCAGACGCUUCUUCUCGUCCAGCCACAGGAAAACACCACUAUUCGUAACGAGAUAGGCAAGUGGCAGUUUGGUGAUGACCAGGAGCAAUGGUUUAACACUUAUGCUCUCACACUUGAAGUAUACCUCGACCAGGAUGAUCCAGGUAAAAAGAUUGUCAAGGCCUUCUUUGAUUCUAGAGCCAUUGAUUCUGAGAUGGUGCAAAGACUGUUGGGGCGACUAGAGCAUGUCAUUCACCAGCUUGAGCGUGCGCGUCCGGGUCAGCUCCUUGACGAGAUUGAGAUACUAACACCCAUGGACUUGGAAGAGAUUUGGGGUUGGAACCAUAACCUCCCUCUAUCUAUUGAAUGCUGCGUGCAUACCAUGAUUAAAGAACGUGCUUGUCUUCAACCAUCAGCCCCUGCUAUCUGUGCCUGGGACGGCGAAUUGACGUAUGACAUGUUGAACCAACUUUCUGAGCGCCUAGCUGUCCACCUGCAUGUUGAUCUCGAUAUUGGGCCGGGAGUAAUUGUUCCAUUAUGUUUUGAAAAGUCAAUGUGGACUGCGGUGGCCAUGCUUGCAGUCCUCAAGGCAGGCGGUGCGUUUGUCGCUCUGGAUACAUCGCUUCCAGAGUCGCGACUCCAGUCUAUUACAACAAGUAGAUACAACCAUUAUCCUGUCCUCAAUUUCCAACCGUACACGGAGCUUGCAACUAUGCCCACGUGUGACUACUGUUGA